GUGUGCGCGCGGGGCAGGCGGCAGCGCGGGCAGCCCGCGGGGUCCUGAGCGGGCAGCAUGGACGACGAGGAGGAGACGUACCGGCUGUGGAAGAUCCGCAAGACCAUCAUGCAGCUCUGCCACGACCGCGGGUACCUGGUGACCCAGGACGAGCUGGACCAGACGCUGGAGGAGUUCAAGGCGCAGUUCGGGGACAAGCCCAGCGAGGGUCGCCCCCGCCGCACCGACCUGACCGUGCUGGUGGCUCACAACGACGACCCCACCGACCAGAUGUUCGUCUUCUUCCCCGAGGAGCCCAAGGUGGGGAUCAAGACGAUCAAGAUGUACUGCCAGCGCAUGCAGGAGGAGAACAUCACCCGGGCCCUGAUCGUGGUGCAGCAGGGAAUGACCCCCUCGGCCAAGCAGUCCCUGGUGGACAUGGCUCCCAAAUACAUCCUGGAGCAGUUCCUGCAGCAGGAGCUUCUGAUCAACAUCACUGAGCACGAGCUGGUCCCGGAGCACGUUGUCAUGACCAAGGAGGAGGUGACAGAGCUACUGGCUCGAUACAAACUGAGGGAGAACCAGCUGCCCAGGAUCCAGGCUGGGGACCCCGUGGCCCGGUACUUUGGGAUAAAGCGUGGCCAGGUGGUGAAGAUCAUCAGGCCCAGCGAGACAGCAGGACGGUACAUCACCUACAGGCUGGUGCAGUGACCCCAGCGUGGGGUGUGAGGAGUUGUGUGACACCUCCCAGUCUCCCCUCCCACCAGCAGUUUACAGGCACUCGGAGCUUCCUGCCCUUCCAGAGAUGGCCAAGGAAAUCCUCUUCCCCUGCUGCCUCUCUGCAGUCCUGGCACUGGGCCUCCCUCCCCAUUUUCCAGCUUGGACUUUGCUGUAACCCCUCAGUCCCAUCCAGGACUCAGCCGUGGAGUCCUGAAGUGAGGGGGAAAGGCCUUUUCUUCCCUGUUUUAUGGGCUGUGGUUUGUAAUAAAGGUUUGUACCCUCA